AAUGCAAACGAGCUUUUUAAGAACUCACUCAUAGUCAGAGUUUUACAUUUCAGAGACUGCAAUUUUCAUAAUUUGCAGCUCUUUGAGCAACAAAAAACCUAAUUCAAAUGCGUUUAAUUUAAAGUUCUACGAUUUUCCUCUGAAAUUUCUGAAAUCUUUGCAAAAUCGAACCUAAAUCUGUAGAAAUCGCUUAAGAUUGGAUCCUUUUUUUUGUGAGAUUUCUCAAUUUUCGGAAAGUUUGAUCGAAGUUCAAGUCAGUUUUAAUGUCGACGGAGGAAGAUGUUAGGCGUAGGGCUGCUGUUGUUGAGUAUAACAAGAAACUUCUUCAGCAUCGGGAGCUCGAAUCUCGUAGCAGAAAAGUGAAGGAGGAGCUGCGAAGUGCAAAAAAAGACUUCACUAAAACGGAGGAUGAUCUAAAGUCACUUCAGAGUGUUGGGCAGAUCAUUGGAGAAGUCCUCAGGCCUCUUGAUAAUGAGCGAUUAAUUGUGAAAGCUAGCAGUGGCCCAAGGUAUGUGGUUGGUUGUCGUAACAAAGUAGACAAGGAGAAACUAACUUCUGGAACACGAGUGGUCCUUGAUAUGACUACCCUCACUAUUAUGCGUGCUCUUCCUCGUGAAGUUGAUCCAGUUGUAUACAAUAUGCUUCAUGAAGAUCCUGGAAAUAUCAGCUAUUCUGCUGUUGGAGGGCUGUCUGAUCAGAUCCGGGAGCUGAGGGAAUCGAUCGAGCUUCCACUAAUGAACCCUGAGCUUUUCCUGAGGGUGGGAAUUAAACCUCCAAAGGGUGUCCUUCUCUAUGGCCCUCCAGGGACAGGCAAAACACUUCUAGCUCGAGCUAUAGCAAGUAAUAUCGAUGCCAGUUUUCUAAAGGUUGUAUCAAGCGCUAUCAUAGAUAAGUACAUUGGUGAAAGUGCAAGAUUGAUCCGUGAAAUGUUUGGUUACGCUAGAGAACACCAGCCCUGCAUCAUCUUCAUGGAUGAGAUUGAUGCCAUAGGAGGUCGCCGAUUCAGCGAGGGCACAAGUGCUGACCGUGAAAUUCAGAGAACCCUCAUGGAACUGUUAAACCAGCUUGAUGGAUUUGAUCAAUUGGGCAAGGUCAAAAUGAUCAUGGCAACAAAUAGACCUGAUGUGUUGGACCCUGCACUUCUUCGUCCAGGACGUCUAGAUAGAAAGAUCGAGAUUCCUUUGCCCAAUGAACAGUCAAGAUUGGAAAUUCUCAAAAUUCACGCGGCUGGCAUUGCUAAACAUGGUGAGAUUGAUUAUGAAGCAGUUGUUAAGCUAGCAGAGGGAUUUAAUGGGGCUGAUCUGCGGAACGUUUGUACUGAAGCUGGCAUGUCAGCAAUACGUGCAGAGAGAGAUUAUGUGAUUCAUGAAGACUUCAUGAAGGCUGUAAGGAAGUUGAACGAGGCAAAGAAAUUAGAGUCUAGUGCUCAUUAUAGCGCAGAUUUUGGAAAAGACUAAACUAGAAGUGAAGUCGAUUCGAGUGUAUCUAGAUUUCGAGAUGCAGCUUAUAGAAUUUCUUGUCCAAAUUUCCCUGUUUCAUUGAAACUGAAAUCACAAGUUUUUCUUUUGCAUUAUAUCGGGUAAUGCUGAAAUUGUAGACCAUGAUUUUAUAAGCAAUCAAUAGCUUUGAAUUUCUUGAAA